AAGUCUAAAUUAAUUUACAGCCCUCUGACAUCACCGUUCGUUCAUCAUCAAUAAAUAUCUAACGAUCAGAUGAUGGUGAUGACAAAAGAACACCCUUUUGGGUCCCACACGUUUCUACAAAAAUAUCCUGAUCGUGCCACGUUAGUAACUCCUCUAUAUAUAACGUGCAGCAUAGUAUACAAGUCUGGUACACUCCAAGAAGAGAUCCAAAGCUAAAGUGGAAGAGAAAACCAAAAUUUAAAGGAAUGGAAGCUUUCAAUCCUGUAGCGCCGUUCGUCUUGAAAACGUAUCAGAUGGUGAACGAUCCGGCCACCGAUUCAGUGAUCGUGUGGGGGAGAGCGAACAACAGUUUCAUAGUGAUCGACCCGAUUGAUUUCUCACAGAGGAUCUUACCGGCAUACUUCAAGCACAACAACUUCUCAAGCUUUGUUCGUCAGCUCAACACCUACGGGUUCAGGAAGGUCGACCCAGAUAAAUGGGAAUUUGCACACGAGUUGUUCCUCCGAGGGCAGAAGCAACUACUUAGGAACAUAGUGCGGAGGAAGAGUAGCCGGAAUCAGUACCUGAUGAAUCAGCCAAAGCAAGAAAACGGGGAGGAGAGGGAGGAGGAGGAGGAGAUACUGAUGAUGGAGAUCGGACGGUUGAAGCAGGAGCAGAAGGCCAUAGAGGAAGAGCUCCAAGGGAUGAACAGGCGUUUGCAAGUGACGGAGAGGAGGCCGCAGCAGCUGCUGGCUUUCCUUUUCAAAGUGGUGGAGGACCCAGAUCUUAUUGGUCGAAUAAUGCAGGAAAAAGAUACAGCCAAGCUGGUUGAAGCGAAGAAGAAGCGUCUCAUCUCCUCCGCACCAUCCUCAUCUUCUGCACCGACGAAAACAAAGAUGAAGAAGAUUGAGGAAGUAGUCCAACACGGCAAAGCUGCUACACCAGUCCCAUUACAGGGCGUAGGUUACUGUCCUUGGACGACGUCGAACACUUGGCCAUGGCUGACCGGAGGACCAUAUCUAAGUCAGACGCCUAUAGUUACACCGUCAUCCUUCACUCUCACCGGCGUCUCCUCACCAUCUGCCUCUGGUUCUGCAACUGCAACAGCCAUGAAUUCAUACCAAACCGACGACUCUCGGGAAUACAGUGAUCAGAUGGGCUCCUUGCCAGAAAUGGAGGGCAGCGUACAGAAGCCACCGCCUUAUCCUUUCUCCCUCUUCGGUGGUGGCUUUUAAGAAGCUUCAAAAGGUCAAAAGAUUGGAGACUGUCUCUCCCCCUUUCUUUUAUUUGUGUACUUUAUUUUCAAAUUUUUUUAUCUGUAAAUUAAUUAAACGGAUAAGAACAUUUAUAUUUAAAUUAUUUAUAUA